CCUGCAGUGAUCCCUGCCACGCCCGGACCUUCAGGAACGCAGUUUAGACAGUAACUGAAGCCAGAAUAAACUGAGGAGCUAAAAAUACCAACAGAGGACAGGCUGGCUGCUGUGGGACUGAGGCAUAUGGGAGGGUCUUUGCAUGGACUUUAGGCAUACAGGCUGUGGGGUAAGGGGGUGGACAGAAAUGGCAUAACUGCUAAGAAGAAAAGACUAAAACAACCUUUACGGCCAUUUAAGAGUACAGCAGAGUUAGAUUAUCAUCUUCCUGUCGCCUCUGACAUCUUUCUCGCCGUUGGAGGUGAUGAGUUUUGCUCUCGGUUUUAAGCACCCGACAGCAGGCAGCUCUGGGCCCGGCGCUGGAAGCGGAGCCACCAUGGAGAACCUGGAGAAGCAGCUGAUCUGCCCCGUUUGCCUGGAAAUGUUCUCCAAACCUGUGGUCAUCCUGCCCUGCCAGCACAACCUCUGUCGCAAGUGUGCCAACGACAUCUUCCAGUCAGCGAACCCUCUGUGGCAUUCCCGUGGUUCUUCCAGUGUGACUGCCAGUGGCGGCCGCUUCCGCUGUCCAUCAUGCCGCCAUGAGGUGGUGCUGGACCGCCACGGAGUCUACGGCCUGCAGAGGAACCUGCUGGUGGAGAACAUCAUCGACAUCUACAGACAGCAGGAGUCCUCCAGGCUUGUUAACAUGAAACCAGAGCAGCAGAAUCAGCAGCAGCAGCUCAUGUGUGAAGAACACGAAGAGGAGAAGAUCAACAUCUACUGUUUGUCCUGCCAGACGCCGACCUGCUCCAUGUGCAAAGUGUUCGGACAGCACAGAGACUGUGACGUGGCUCCGCUCAGCACCGUCUACAUGAGACAGAAGGCGGAGCUGAGCGACGGCAUUGCGCUCUUGGUGGCCAGUAAUGACAAUAUCCAGGCAGUCAUCUCUCAGAUGGAAAUAAUCUGCCGCACCAUACAGGAAAACGGUCAGCAGCAGAAAGCACACCUGUGCAGCCACUUUGAAAGCUUGGUGGCCAUCCUGGAGGAGCGGAAGCAGGAGCUGGUGGGUCUGAUCACCAGAGAACAGGAUGAAAAGCUCAAACACGUUCAGGCCCUCAUCCAUCGGCACAGCGAUCACCUGGAGGAGGCGGUCACGCUGGUCGAGUCGGCCAUACAGUCCAUGGAGGAGCCACAUGUGCCUUUGUUUAUACAGAGCGCCCAGGUCAUACUGGAAAAAAUGGCAGCGAUGGCGAGGGCCUCAAAGCUGGAGCUUCCCGAGCUCGGUUAUGAGAGUAUGAGCCACUUCGUCAUCGAUAUCGAAGACCUCGCUGACAUGCUGGGAAACAUCGACUUCUCCUCCAGUGCUCCAGAUGGUGAAGAGGAUUUUGAAGAAGUGGAGGAAGAGUUUGACUUUGGCUCCAGAAUUUAAUCUUCAGUGGAGAUUUUUGAAAGGUUAAAAAAAUACGUGUUGUUCUCAGAUAAACUGAAAGGGCACUCAGCUGACCUGUACCCAUGUUUGGCUGAGGCCUUGUGGUGUGCGUGUGAUUUUGGUUUUGAAAGUCUCCUCACAUUAGUUAUUCAGCUGCGUGGCCGUCAGUUGGAGAGGAACAGAGGUUACUGUAAGUGGUCGUGUUUUCACAGUCAAACUGGACAUGUUAGAUUACAGGAUGUAGUUAUGAUUUUUAGCUUCAAGGACCAAUUUGAAUUGUUGAUUUAAUAUUGAAUUCUAGGAGCUGGGACCUAACCAUGCAACUACACACCCUUCACCCGGUAACAAGGAUAUAUAUAUAUAUGAAUGGCAAAGGAAUUAAAUAAAACAUUUCCUAGCAGGGUUAUAAUUGUGUUUACAUAUUGUAAACAUUAUAGUGAGUAUAUGAUAAAGAGUUAUAGUGUCUUCUGUAGUGUAUUUCCCCUGGUGUCCUGUGUUUAUACAUCUGCCAAGGAGGUUAUGUGAUUACUUUGGUUUGUCUCUUUGUUAGCAGCAGUCAUUCAAAAAAAGAUCAACAAACUAGUGUGAAAAUGUUACCAGAGGUCAGCUCGUCCCAACUUUGAAGUAAUUCAUCUUUGGAGUCGAUCAGGAUCUGGAUUCGGGAAUGUCUGGAAGGAUGCUUCGCCAUCUGAGAUACAGUGUCAAACUGUUUCAGAUCCAUCCAUUACAAAGAUAUCCUGAGUAAAUAUAAAAUGCAGUUUUUAAAUGAUGAGUCCAUUUAUUAAGGGAAAGAAGCUCUCCAAACCUACCUGACCCUGUGUGGAAAAGUAAUUGACUGCUAAACCCGAUAACUGGUUGUGACAUUCUCCUUCAGGAUUUUCUGGUAGAGACCAGAAUUCAUGGUUCCAUCAAUUACAAGUUACGGUAUCCUGAAGGUGUCCUGAAGCAGCCUCACACCAUCACACCAUGUUUGACUGUUGCCGUGGCGUUCUUUUACACCAGAUGUAACGAGACUCAAACCUUCCAAAAAUUUCAACUUUUGUCUCAUCGGUCGACAGAAUAUUUCCCCCCAAAAUUUUGGAGAUCGAGAUCUUUUUUUUGGCAAAUGUGAGACGAGCCUUUGUGUUCUCCUUGGUCAGCAGAGGUUUUCUCCUUGGAGCUCGGUCUCUUUCUUACUAUUGAAUCAUGAACACUGAGCUUAACUGAGGCAGGUGAGGUCUGCAGUUAUUUAGAUGCUGUUCUGGCUUCUUUUGUGCUCUUGGAGUGAUUUUGUUAGGCCGGCCGCUCCUGUGAAGGUUCCCCAUUGUUCUGAAAAGCCUUAGAAAUGGUUCUGUAAACCUUUACAGACAGUUUAUAACUGUGUUUCCCACAUGUUAAGAUUGUGGCACAAUGUGUUGCUUUUUGAGAUCUUUAAGUCGACUUCAUUUUGUCACACAGGUUCUGUUUAAGUGCUUUCUUGAUUCAGAGGGUCAGGCAGUAAUCAUGAUCUGAAACAUUUAAUGUGACAAAUAUACAAAAAAUACUAAGAAAUCAGGAAGGAGGCAAAUAUUUUUUCACAUCGGUGUAGAUCAGAUAUUUCACACUGUCGUCAGAAGUGUCCAUCAAAUUUAAAUAAAAAAGAAAAAUUAUAAUGGAAGACAUUUUCUUGAUGAUCUCAAGAAAACUUCACAAACCAAUUCAGAUCAAGAUCUCUCUCAGGUCCAGGGACUGAAUCCAUGCAUGUUGUGACGGGAAUUUUAGAGAACUUAAAGAGUUAUUCCAUCUCAGACAUGAUACUCAUGUUUGCUGCUUUUUAGCUGAACUUUUUUAAGCAGGAAGUGAAACUCUUGAGAUUAAGAGUUCGCAACAGAGUCCUGGGAUACGCGAGGUUAACUCAGCAUAUUUUGCAGCGAGGCAGUAAUUUGCUUUGAAGAUUUGCUUUGGGAUGGAGAUCUCAGUCUCAGGUGCUGAAACAGGAUUGUCAUGCUGUCACUUUUAGUUUUUGCUAAAGCCAAAUUACUUUCAUAUCAGUGAAGCAAUAUCAGAGAUAUAAGAGAUAUAUAUGCUGUGCAAAGACUCUUCCUUUGGCUGCUCCUGUUAGCAGUCGCCACAGUAGAUCAUCUGCCUCCAUUUCACACCACCCCCAGCACCCUGUGUAUGUCCUUCACUACGUCCAUGAAUCUUUUCUGAAAAGAGAAUCCUGAAUUAAAAUCAGAGGGAGCUUUUUAAAACCGUAUAUUGUAGUAAAGUCAUCAAAACUGUUUCAGUGGGUUUUUUUUGUCUCUUUGAUUUGACUGGAUUUGGCUGCUGAGUCCAUACAUGCAGGUUUUAAGUCCGAGUGAACAUUUAAAAUGAAAGUUCUUUUAGAAAAAGUUUGACAGACUUUUUAAAGAUGACUGCCGGGGAGUGGGAGUUACCUUUAGACAGACUUCAGUAAAAUCUGAGUGUCAAAGUUUACACGUUAAAUAAAUGGCAGGAGCUUAAAUUACUGUAAUAAACCUUGUCUCAGUGCCAUCACUGGGGUUCCUUUGGUUAUAUUGCCCAGUAAUAUUUUGUGAUAAUAUUCAAAUCCACAAUUUUGACCAAAAGUUCAAGUGUCCUCACCUUUUCUGGAAGCUGUCUUGGUUCUUGAAAGUUUAUUCACAUGUGAUACCAAACACCAUCUUUGUCGGGGAUUAUAGCUGAUUACAAUCUGAUUGUGUACAUAAAUAAAAUCCUUCAGAUGUGUCUCAUUCAUAUUCUCCUCUUAAUCCCACAUGAGUGGUACUAAGUGGUGACUUUUGCAUUUGCCAAAUUUGAUAUUUAAUGUAACAUUAACAUUUCA